AGCAACAAUUCAAAAAUCCUUUAUAAAUAUAUUUAUUGAAUAAUACUUCAACAAAAUAUGAAUGUAAGUUCAUAAACUGAACAUCAAAUCAAGUCGGCUAUUCCAUUCAUUACAAUGCAACAAUGCAAUAUUCAGUGUUGACAGCUAGAUUUUUUGUGGACAUGUUCCAUAAAUAUUGAUGUUAAAGAUUUCUUUUUUGUGAAGAAAUGUUUAGAAUUAAGUUCAUGAAUCCAGAUGGGUCUCUAUUACAAUCCCCAAAGAGGGCACUUUAAGUUGAUGAUUGUGUAGAAAUCUAUAUUUAUGGUUGAAUCACUUGUUUAUUUUUCAACAAGAUUUUUGUUAUUUUUAUAUCUUUUUUUCCAAAUAGUUCAAGAAAGACCACUACAAAUGAGCAAUAUUUUGCACUGUUAUACAAUUUAAUGAAUCAGAAACUGAUGACAUAGUGCUGUAUUUUACUUCUUUAUCUCUUUUUUUCAACCAAAAAUGCUUUGCUCUGAUUAGGGGGUACUUGAAUUAAAACAUUUUUUACAGGGGGUACAUCACUGAAAAAACGUUGAGAACCACUGCUCUAAAGUGUAUGGCUGGGGAAUUAGAGAAAAAAAGAGUAAAUCUUGCAACUAAAAAAAGUAUACUGUACAAAUCGAGCGUGUGAAUAGUAAACAAAUAUUUUAUUCAUGUAAUAAUUGUUUAAAUAUUCUGGAUUAUAAUAUAAUUAAUCAUGACAUUUAAAAGCACUUUUUUGUUCCGCUUGAGACCACGUGUAAGGUUUCACCCCCACGCGGUGAUUGACAGCAGCGCCAGCUAAUGAGAGGCGGAGUUCUCCGCAGCUCAAUGUUCUGGCGGGCCAAUCGGGAGCCAGAAGAGGCGGAGUCGGCGUGCAUGGGCGUGUCUUCGGCAGCUUGACCCCACCCCCCCCUUUUAGAGAAGUUUUGGAAAAGUGUGGCGGUGAUUCCCCGCCGAACCUCCUCGUCCUGACCCCUAAAGUCCCGGUCCCGGUCGUGGUCCGGUUCUGAAGGGUUCGUCAUGCAGAACCGCUACGUCGCGCACCUUCUGCUCCUCGCGCUGCUCGGCGUCGAACUCGCCGUCCAGUCUGACGUGGACACGGAGGAGGUGGUGCCGAUGCUGCUGCCCCUCCACCAACCUGCUGACCCGGACCACCUGAUGGUGUCGCUGCCCGCGUUCGGAAGGAAGCUCCGCCUAAACGUAACCCGGGACGGCGGCCUGGUGUCGGCCGCCCUGCUGGUGGAGGACCGGCGAGGGGGGCGGAGUCCGGCGCUCAGCCGCCUGGACCGGGACCAGCUCUGCCUCUACUCCGGUUCCGUCCAAGACCACCCGGAAUCCCUGGUGUCUCUCAGCACCUGUGGAGGCCUGACAGGUCUGGUCCACAUGGGACAGGACGUCCUCUUCAUCCGCCCCCUGGAGGUCCCCAAAAUUUCAUCGGAGUCUUUCUCGGGUCUCAAACAUCAGCUGAUGCGACGGCGCCGCCCGGCCCGGAACGCAUCAUCUCGGCACGCCGAGACGUCCGGACGCUGCGGCACUGCACCAGGGAAGAAGAAGUCAAAGGUUGGCCAGGAAAACCGGGGGAAGAGGAACGUCAUCGGACUGCAGAAAGCGUACACCGUGGAGACGCUGGUGGUGGCCGACGUGGACAUGGUCCGUUACCAUGGCGCCGAGGCCGCAAAGAGGUUCUUGUUGACCGUCAUGAACAUGGUGUACAACAUGUUCCAGCACCAGAGUCUUGGCGUCAGGAUCAACAUUCAGGUCACUAAGCUGGUUCUGCUUCACACCCGCCCCGAGAAGCUGAAGGUGGGCCACCAUGGCGAGCGGUCCCUGGAGAGCUUCUGCCACUGGCAGCAUCAGGAGUUCGGAGGUCCGCGCUACCUCGGAACCAACCACCUUCCCGCUGAAGACGUCCCGCCUGUGGACACGGCAGUGCUGGUCACCAGGACAGACUUCUGUGUCCACAAGGAGGAGCCCUGCGACACUGUGGGUAUCGCCUACUUGGGCGGAGUGUGCAGCGCCAAGAGGAAGUGUGUGUUGGCCGAGGACAACGGACUCAAUUUGGCUUUCACCAUCGCUCACGAGCUUGGACACAACAUGGGGAUGAGCCACGACGACGAUCACGCCACCUGCACUGGCCACGCCUACAUCAUGUCUGGCGAAUGGGUGAAGGGGAGGAACCCCAGCGACCUCUCGUGGUCGUCCUGCAGUCGCGAUGACCUGGAGACCUUUCUCAGGUCCAAAUCCAGCGGCUGUCUGCUGCACACGGACCCCAGGAGUCGCUACCAGGUCCGCUUGCCCCCCAAGCUUCCCGGGAUGCACUACAGCGUGGACGAACAGUGCCAGAUCCUGUUUGGAGCCAACACCACCUUCUGCUCCGACAUGGAGCAUCUGAUGUGCGCUGGCCUGUGGUGUCUGGUGGAGGGGGACCCGACCUGCAAGACCAAACUGGACCCCCCUUUGGACGGAACCGAGUGUGGACCAGACAAGUGGUGCAGGGCGGGGGAGUGUGUGAGUAAGACCCCCAUCCCUCAGCAUGUGGAUGGAGACUGGAGUCCAUGGAGUCAAUGGAGCAUGUGCAGCCGCACCUGUGCUACUGGAGUCCGCUUCAGACAGAGGAAGUGUGACAACCCUCCUCCAGGUCCAGGAGGUCAGCAGUGUCAGAAGGCCAGUGUGGAGCACAAAGCUUGCGAGGGUCCUCCAUGCCCCAAGGGGGCGCCAAGCUUCAGAGACCUGCAGUGUUUAUCCUAUGACCGUCACGCCAGCAAGAAGAAGAGCCCCAUGCUUACGGCCAUCAUCAACGAUGAGAAGCCGUGCAUGUUGUUCUGCACUCCAGUGGGUCAGGACGUUCAGGUUCUGAUGGCCGAACGAGUGAUGGACGGCACGGCGUGUGGACCCUACGAGUCGGACCUGUGUGUCAACGGCAGGUGUCAGAGAAUCGGCUGUGACGGCAUCAUCGGGUCUUUGGCCAAGGAGGACCGCUGUGGCAUUUGUAACGGCGAUGGACGCUCGUGUACCAUCGUGAGAGGAGACUUCAACCACACACAAGGAAUGGGCUACGUGGAGGCGGUGGUUAUUCCUGCUGGAGCACGCAGGAUCAAAGUUGUGGAGGACAAACCUUCCCACAGCUUUCUGGCCCUGAAAGACGCCAGCAAGAAGUCCAUCAACAGCGAUUGGAAGAUUGAACUCCCAGGAGAGUUUGAGCUGGCCGGGACCACCGUGCGCUACGUCAGGAGGGGAUUGUGGGAGAAGAUGUCUGCCAGGGGGCCCACCAACACGCCCCUCCACCUCAUGGUGCUGCUCUUCCAUGACCGCAGUUAUGGAUUUCACUACGAGUACACGGUGUCCCUGAACGUCUCGCAGGAGAAGGCCAGUGAGGAGAACAAAGACGCAGAACAUCUGUACAUCUGGACACACAGCAGCUGGAACGACUGCACCGUGCACUGUGGAGGAGGGGAGAGGAGGACGGUGGUGUCGUGCAUGAGGAUGGCUAACAAGUCCAUGGAGGUGGUGAAUGAUUCUUACUGUCAGCCUGAGAACCGUCCUCUACCUCAAGUCAGAACCUGCAACUAUCAGCCCUGCCAGUACAGGUGGGUGGUGCCUGAAUGGGGGUCCUGCUCCGUCACGUGUGGUCCGGGCGUCCAGCACCGCGAGGUCCUUUGCGUGCAGCAGCAGACGAACGGGUCUUUAACCCGCACCUCCGAGGUCCACUGCCAAGGGGGGCGGCCGCCCGUCCUACAGGGCUGCGAGGGGCGCCUCUGCCUCAGCGUGUGGGAGGCGUCCGAGUGGUCUCAGUGCUCGUCGGGAUGCGGGCCGGGCGUGCACAAGCGGACCGUCACGUGCACCAACCCCAGGGGGCAAUGUGACCCCCUGUCCCAGCCCACCCAGGAGGAGUCUUGUGAGGACUACUCCAAGUGCUACGAGUGGAAAACUGGCGAUUGGUCCAAGUGUUCAUCCUCCUGUGGGAGGGGCCUGCAGUCCCGGGUGGUCCAGUGUAUGCACAAAGUGACGGGUCGCCACGGCAACGAUUGCCCGUCGCCGCUGAGGCCGCCCACCUACCGACCGUGUGACCAGGGAGCCUGCACGCAGAAGAUCAACGUCAACACCAUCACGUCGCCCCGCCUGGCUGCUCUCACCUACAAGUGCUCGGGCGACCAGUGGACGGUUUACUGUCGCGUGAUCCGCGAGAAGAACCUGUGCCAGGACAUGCGCUGGUACCAACGCUGCUGCCAGACCUGUAGAGACUUUUACGCCGGCAAGAGUUCCUGACCCGAGCUCCGCCCCCCUCGCGUGCCACGCCUCUCUUCCUUUGUAUUCACUGCGGCAAGCAGGAAGUGAGCGCCAACGCUUACCGGCUUUGAUGAAGACUUGAAAAUGUCCGGCAGAUCUUCUGCUGCGCUCACAAAAAAAAAAAGAAAAAAGCCAAAGCAGGUGGCGCCAUUGCACACGUUUGAAAGACGUGCCGAGAGCCGAACGUUAAUAAUCCUUGUUGUACUGUAUGCUAACGCUAACGAUUACGUCGCCAGUGAAAGGCUUCUACGAGUGAAGCUACAAGCUCGCUAAACCAACUCCCCCAUCACCUGAGGGUUCGCUCCUUGUCACCCAAGCCAGCCAAACUGAGCAAGUUGAUGGAUUGUUUUGUUGUGCGCCAUUUGGUGGACAUGUUGUGCCUGACUAAAAAUAUGCACUUUGUCCAUUUUGAAAGCUCGCUCAACAGGACGUGUGUCAGAUUAAAGCUGCACGCCACGCAAAACACCGGGCAGAAUCAAGAGGCGUUAUAGUACAGCCGCCACCUUGUUUCUCUCGGCACGUGGAAAGAGGCGAGUACGCUCGCGCACCAAAGGCGGCGACGGCGCAGUUUAUCUCAAGAGUGGGCGUCACUUUUACACCUCAUUUACUGAGUUUGUAUGUAUGUAUGUGUGUGUGUGUGUUCUGGCAAUGCUUACUUAAUGGGACAUCGCUCUGUUUACACCAGACCUGGGCAAAUUAAGCUUUUCAAUCUGGCCCGCCGGACAUUCCCAAAUAAUUUUUUUAGUUUUUUAAGAUGGAAAGUGUAGCUGCCAUUAUGUUGUGCAGUGAUGUUUUUCUAACGACCGUAAGUCUUCAACUAUACAAAGUAUUUCAAUGGUUAAAAUUUUAUAUAUAUGAUAUACCAGUUACUAUGGUAUCGUAUUUUUCGGACUAUAAAUCGCUCCGGAUUAUAAAUUGCACCGGCCGAAAAUGCAUAAUAAAGAAGGAAAAAAACAUAUAGAAGUCGCACUGGAGUAUAAGUCGCAUUUUUUGGGGAAAUGUAUUUGAUAAAAGCCAACACCAAGAAUAGACAUUUGAAAGGCAAUUUAAAAUAAAUAAAGAAUAGUGAACAACAGGCUGAAUAAGUGUACGUUAUAUGAGGCAUAAAUAACCAACUGAGAACGUGCCUGGUAUGUUAACGUAACAUAUUAUGGUAAGAGUCAUUCAAAUAACUAUAACAUAUAGAACAUGCUAUACGUUUACCAAACAAUCUGUCACUCCUAAUCGCUAAAUCCCAUGAAAUCUUAUACGUCUAGUCUCUUACGUGAAUGAGAUAAAUAAUAUUAUUUGAUAUUUUACGGUAAUGUGUUAAUAAUUUCACACAUAAGUCGCCCCUGAGUAUAAGUCGCACCCCCGGCCAAACUGAAAAAAACUGCGACUUAUAGUCCGAAAAAUGCGGUAAUCUAAUUAGUUACUAUGGUAAUCUACGUCACAGCAGCUCAGACGAGGCACCAAGCAGUGUGGGCGGGAAGCGUUUCCACAGACGCGGAAGGAGAUUUUCACAACAAAGUUCUAAAGCAGUGUUUUUCAACCACUGUGCCGUGAGAUAUUGUCUGGUGUGCCGUGGGAAAUUAUGAAACUUCACCCAAUUGGUCCAAAAAAUAUUUUUUGCAAAUCAAUAAUUAUAAUCUGCAAAUAAUGUUGCCAUUCCUUAGUGUAGAACUGUGAUCCCAAUAUGCAGACCACAGCGUGCAGGUAAAAAAGGUAUGUAACGCUUGAACCAAAAAUGAACAAAAGGGAAAGGAAAAGGCAUUGAAGCAUAGGGGAUGGCUAUGUAAAACAACAGUAAAACUGAACUGUUUACAAAGUAAACAGAAACAGAAUGCUGGACAACAGCAAAAACUUGCAGCGUGUGGAGCAGAGACGGCGUCCACAAAGCACAUCCGUACAUGACAUGGCAAGCAACAAUGUCCACACAAAGAAGAAUAGCAACAACUUAAAUAGCCUUGCUUGCUAACACAAAGCAGGUGCGGGGAAUAGAGCUCAAAGGAAGACAUGAAACUUCUACAGGAAAACACCAAAAUAACAGCACAAGACAAGAACUAAAGCACUACACACAGGAAAGCACCAACAAACUCAAAAUAAGGCACGAGGAGGACCUGGUGGAGUUUAAUUUUUUAACGUUUUCUGCGGAUGGUGUGCCUCCGUAUUUUUAGAUGAAAAAAAUGUUGAAAAACACUGUUCUAAAGCAUAGUUCCAUAUCAGAUGUAUCAGAUCGUAGGUGGGUUUAUUUUGUACCCUUCGCGUUCAUAUUUCACUGUUUCACUGACAUUCAUAUUUUGUCAAUAUUCAGUGUUUUAUCGUUCAUAGAAAAAUGUAAAAUUUCAUUAUGUUUUUUAAGGCGGUCUGUCAUAACGUUUUUAGCAUUCAAUCAGACAUUAUUGUGAGGUUUUGUAUUAGUGUUCCUAAAAAUAGAUAUACCGGCCCCCAGACACAUUUUUUCUCUAAAUGUGGCCCCCCGAGUCAAAAUAAUUGCCCAGGCCUGGUUUACACAGUCACCUUUAGGGGACCUCUGACGGUAUGGGGACAAAAAAAACAGGUCCCCUAAAGGGAAACCUUUUUAAAUGAUAGUCAGAUCCAUUCUGAAGAUGCCUAAGUGAUUUUUUAAGCUUUGGCCCAUUUUUAAUUUGAACAUUUUUUUUUUUUUUUUAAUGGCCCUCAGUAGUCACGUACAAAUUUGUGUGAAUUAUGCAAAAUUAUUUAAAUUUGGUCCCCAUGAACCAUAUUAACUCUUUUUUUCCCCCAGGGUCCCCAGUAAGAAUGAUCAGCACAUUACUUCAUCAAUCCAGAGAUUUAAAGACGUGUAUGAGCUAACUGGACAGUGGCCAUUUUACCAAAAAAAAUGUUAUGCCUCCACAACCUGUAGAAAGGGUGGUCCCCACAAGUGAUGAUCAAAAACUUGGUCCCCAUUCCAAAUGAUAACCAGUGUGUGUGUGUGUGUGUGUGUGUGUGUGUGUGUGUGUGUGUGAGUGUGUCAAAGGUGCUAUCUUAUGUUAGUGUGUGAAUGCGAGCCAUGACUAUUUAACACAUGUGUGUACUGUACUUGUUCACGUGUACUUCAUGGUGCUGAUCCAGUAAAGACAGUUCUGUUUACACAAACGCCAGCUCUGUGUUGACAUAGUCUGUGUGAGGCUUCUUUCCUUCUGACAGUCAGCUGUCAA